GACCCAAGCCGAAGAAGAGCGCUUCAGAUGGCGAAGAAGCGGAAAGAGCAGGCGCAGGCCAAGAAAAGCGAGGAGGAGAAGAAGACCGAGGAAGCCGCCGAGGAGAACGGCGGGCAACAAGAAGAGGGAGACGUGGAGAAGGAGAAGCCGGAGGAGGGCGAGGAGAAGGCGGAGAAGGCAGAGGAGCAGCCCGAGGAGCCGGAGGAGAUGAAGAUCGAU